CUUCAUUCAAGCACGUGCUCCUGUUCGACUCGCUGGGCUUCUUUCGGGCCACAAGGACAAGUGAAAGUGCGGAGGGAUACAAAGGAGCCUUUUUUCCAUUCACGUGGACCUACACCGAGGUGCCUAAUGCCCUCCACCCUGGGGCUGUCCAUGUAAGAAGGGGGAUCUUAGUAGAGAAGAGCAGACACUUUGAGUGGGAGCAUGGCCUCAACCAAAGAAGGUGGCAUGGACGUAAAACUGGUGCACAUUAAAGAAGAGGACCGUGAGUGGGACACACCAGAGAGUUUGUGUGUGGAGCUGGAGGAUCGCAAAGAAGGAAUUUCAGUUUUUAAAGAGGAGCCCAAGUGGGGGACUGUUGACAUUAAAGUUGAGGAUUUAAAUGAUUUCUCAGUUGGUCUUGAACUUCAAAAGAAUGAAACUGGGAAUAUUUUCAAGCAAGAUGUCUGUGAAGAGUUUCAUUCUAGUGUACAACCCUGGUACACCAAUAUGGGAUAUUUGGCAACUCAGGUGCAUUCUGUAGAGCUGAAAUCUGAGUUAUCUGAGUUUGAAGAGAACAUCACUGAAGGGAACGAGAGAGAAGGAGAAGAGCAACAGUCAUCUAGGAGUGUGAGAAUAAAUUCAGAAGAGCAUGGCAGCAUCUUCACAUCUGCAUUUGCUCAGAAAUCUCUUCAGUACCACGAGAAGAAUAUGAAGAAAUCAACAAGAGGAUCAGAGAAUUUGACAGCAGACUCUCUACAGUGCAGUUCACCUCCUGCUGCUAGUGUAACACAGAGUGUAGCAGUCAAAACUGAUCAACAACAAGCGUAUAAACACAUCCAAAUUUUCAAUGGGAAAAAACGUCAUUAUUGUCUGGAAUGUGGCAAAUGUUUCCCACGCAAAAGUAAUCUUCACACGCAUAUGAAAAUUCACAGUGGAGAAAAACCGUAUUGUUGUCCUGAAUGUGGGAAGCACUUUCCAGAGACCUUGAACCUUAACAGACACAUGAGAAUUCACUCUGGAGAGAAACCCUAUUCCUGUCUAGAGUGUGGCAAACAAUUCUUGUUUUUAAGUUAUCUUCAGAUGCACACAAGAAUUCACACUGGAGAAAAACCUCACUGCUGUCCAGAAUGUGGAAAACAAUUCUCACGUAGAAGCAGUCUCCAGAGACACAUUAGAAUCCACACUGGGGAAAAACCUCACCUCUGUCCAGAAUGUGGUAAGCGAUUCUCACAAGUCAACACCCUACAGGUUCACAUCAGAAUUCACACUGGAGAGAAACCUCACCGUUGUUUGGAAUGUGGUAAACAAUUCUUACGUCUCAGUUAUCUUUAUAACCAUAGAAGAAUUCAUACUGGAGAGAAACCAUACAGUUGUACUAAAUGUGGUAAGCGAUUCUCAUACAACAGUUGUCUUCACAACCAUAAAAGAAUUCAUACUGAUAAGAAACAUCAUAGCUGUUCUGAAUGUGGCAAGCGUUUCUCACUCAGCAGGCAUCUUAAAGACCACAUGAGAAUUCACUCUGGAGAGAAGCCCCAUUGCUGUCCAGAAUGUGGCAAACGAUUCUCACAUAAAAGUAGUUUUAAGUGUCACACGAGAAUCCACUUUGGAGAGAAACCAUAUAGCUGUUCUGAAUGUGGAAAAAUGUACGCCUGCAAAAAAAGUUUUCAGAGGCACACACAGAUUCAUACUGCAGAAAAGUCUGCACUAAAUGUGACAGAUGAUUUUCCCACUGUCUCUACAAAUAUUGAAAAGUGAAGAAAAAUCUUUUGAACAAGGUAGAGGAUUCUCAUUUAAAGUAGUUAACAAGAAUGUAAUUAUUUUUAGUGGAGAAAACACUUAUGGCACUAGAUGUAGCAAAUGAUUCUUAGAUGUAAGACAACGUCAGAACCACGUAUGAAUUCAUAAAUUAGAGAAACCUUACUGUUAUCUGAAAUACAACAAAUGAUUUACAAACAGCAGGCACCUUCAUGAAACUAUUCAUACACAUAAAGACAGACAUAAAAAAAAUGAUUGUCUUCAAUGUAAUAAAGGAUUUCAGACAGUAGUGACCUUCAUUUCCAUAACAUAAGCUUUGGAGAUUGUGCACCAUUUGAGUGGCAAUGAACUUGUAUUGGCGCUGGCAUGUAAUCUGAUAAAUAACAGCUGGAGUGAAUGGAGACUGGCAAUCAUCACCACUUUAUUCUUAAACACUGCCAGUGAAGAACUCUCUUAAUUAUGGAAGCCAAAGGUCUUCUCAGCAGAGCAGACCACCUGCUGUAUCCUGGAACUGGAAUGGGAAAAGGGACAGAAAACAUGAGAACACUGUUGAGGGAGAAAUGUUGAGCUACUUAAACUGGUGUAAGAAAAGCAGUCUCUUGUGUGCUUCCUAAAAAUGGAGGUGGUAUUCUUGUCCCACUUAAGGGUGUUGGUAAAAGACUGCAACAUGGAGACAACUUGGCUACAAAUUUCCAGAGGUGGAUAUCCAGGAGGGAGUCGGUGGAAGUCAACCUCUACUUCCACUGUUUUGAUGGCGUUGAGCUCUGUAUUUUUACAAGCACGUUGUGCUACAAGGUGCUCCAUUUCACUUAGGUGGGAUAUCUUUAUGACAUCAUAGUGUUAGAAAAUGUGAUAAUUUCAGUGGAAUUGUCAAAGGAAGUGCUGUCUAGAAUGUAAAGUGAGAAGAAGAGGAGUGAAAGGUCAUAGCUUUGGAGCUCCUAUGCAGACAGAUAUGGGAUGAGACAGAUGGGCACCCAGGCUGACAUACUGUUGCCUUUAAGUCACAAUGUUGGUCAUCCAGUGCCAAUAGGGGGGGUCCAGCUAGCUUAAUAAGUGAUUCUGCGGCUGGAGUGUUGAAAGGGGAGCUGAAAUUCACAAUCAAGGGCCUAACAGGCAUUAGUAGAGUUGAGAUGUGUAAGAAUGUGAUGGAGUUACCAACUGUCCACACCAUCAACUGGCUGGUUUGCUCUGAUGGCGACCUGUGUGGGUCAAGGAGAAGAUCAGUAAUGGACUGGAGGCGGACACUAAAAGACCUUCAUGGCCGGUAAUCAUCAAGUCCACUAACCCUGUCUUUAUCCAGAACUGGGACAAUCCUAGCAAGCUGGAGUCCCACAUAAGAUCAGUGAGCUAUUCAGUAAAUCAAAGGACCACACAGCACCAGACAGACUGUAAUGUUAAUUUAGCAAGGACUGACUGGCUUUUGAGAAUGUCCUGAUUUAAUCGACCAUCUAAAUACACUUUAUGAAGGUCUCCAUACCACUCUGACAGUCUUAAAUAAAUCAGACAAGCGGCCAGGUGAGACACCCAAGUGUGACUAGAAAAGUGCAGGCAACUCUGAACGGCGGCUUUGAUCUUUGUAUGAAUGUGCUGUUCCAAAGAUCUCUCGUGUGUUUUUAAUGUUAUUAUUACUCUAAAGUUACAUUUGCGGAAAUGUUAUUUGUAUUUUCCAUUUGGUCUGUAUAAUGUCCAAAAAGUAAUGUCAACCUUGACGUACAGUAUGUAGGGAUUUCCUUGAUUUCUUAUUAAGCCAAUGGCUCCUUACCUUUCUAUAAAGUGGUGUGUGAUUUCCAAAAGCGUAAAUGUGGAAUGGACUGACUCAAGGGCUUUCUGUAUUUGGCACAAUAUUUUGAAAUAUAUUAGUCUAUAUGGAUAAAAUAUGAAUUUUACUUUUAGACCGGUAAAAUGUGGAA